AUGAAUCGUCAGUGUAGGGCAGCGAGCGUUACCACCGUUCCAGCUAGCUAUCGGCUUGGCCCAUGUGAACUACCACUGCCGGACCAGUGGCUUGUGCAUACACAACUGUCGCAGUCAGCGCAAUCGUCUCAAGCAUCGUUCUACUCCACAUUGCAAACCGGUGGCCAAAGUUUGGGUGGACUGGGUGGACUGUCAGCCUCAACACUGCCGAUACAACAACAUUCCUCCAGUGCCCAGCAGCAGUCAUCAGCUCAGUUGCAACACCAAAUCACCGUGCCGCAAUCAGCAGCCGCAACAGCUACACCGGGAGCAGCUCCAGCAUCACAACUGCAGAGUCAGUCAAAAAUAAUGAAUGUCGUCGUACCAUCCGUGGCCUGUCCGCCUACUGCAUCGAAAAAGAUUCGCCGCAAACCAGACGCGAAGCAGCCACAGUCACAGAUCAACAAGUGCAACAACGAGAAACGUCGCCGAGAGCUAGAAAAUGAGUAUAUUGAACAACUUGGCGAGUUUCUGCAGAUUAAGCGGGAUAUGACCGCUUGCAAACCAGACAAAGCGGCGAUACUAAGUGAAGUUGUACGAACGUUUCGUUCUAUGCUAGAGCAAGGAAACCCGAAUCUCACUGGUUCGCGGUGUUCCAAAUGCUCACCGGAUUGUUCUGCUUCCUGCAAACUGCACCCGGUGCAACAGGGAGAAGUGUCAUCCACUGAACCACCACUACCGGAACCAUCGGUAAACGGCCACUCGCCGGAAAAGUCAGCCUACUUCGAGGCGGUGCAACAUUACAUCUCGAACGUCGGCUGGGCCCUACUAGAGAUCAACUCGGAGGGUGUGAUCGAAUGUGCCACGGAGAACGUCCGCGACGUACUGCAUUACUCGCGCACGGAGCUCCACGGACAGUCUAUAUAUUCGUACCUGCAUACUGGUGAUCAUUCAAAGUUGAGUCCUAUUUUAAAUAAGAAUUCGUUUGAACUAAACUGGGAUCAAAAUGAAAUGUUCUAUCAGACGCCAAAGCGUACCAUACGUACUAAAAUUCGUUGGUUACUGAGGGCGCCAGAAGGAGCAAACGAAACGAUCGAGCAAAAGCAGCAGCGCUUGGAAAAAUACAAGGAUCUGCUUAUCAUCUCUGCUCCUGUGAAGGAUGAUACGGAGGAAUCGUCGUCGGUGCUUUGUCUAAUUACACUACCCGAGGACGAACAGGCAACCAUAGAAACUACCACCAUGCCACAAACGCUGGACGAACAGCUAACGUUGAAGCUGGAUACUAGUGGUAACAUUAUAAAUUAUAACUCAUCGACGCUAAGGAAACAGUUUGCAGGAAAUCUUACCAAAGAAACAAUUCGGUCUAUCUACGACAUAUGCCACUAUCAGGAUCGACCUCGAUUGAACGAGCACCUCAGCAAUGUACGCUCGUCCAACGGAACCCCUCACGAGCUGACCUACCGGCUGCGUCUCGGAGGACCGGAUGUUUACGUGCACGUGAAGACCCAGUCGAAACUGUUCCGUAGCACAAAACCAAACGAAUCGGACUUCAUAAUGGCCAUCUGUACCGUACUGACGGAAAAUGAAGUCGCCAUGCUCUCGUCGGACGGCGGCAGCGGUGGAGGAAUGGUGAUGGGUGGAAGUGGCAGCAGUGGUGGCCUUAGUGCGGCAAUGAGCGGCAGCAACAUUAACAAUAACAACAGCAGUAGCAGUAAUCCUACCUCAUCCUCAUCCAUGGGGCUGCUAAUGCCAAGCACGAGCAGCUCGGUGACAGGAGGCGGCCUAAAUGGUGCCAACGACGUCGUAGCUCGUCACAUGGCCCAAAUCACACAGGGAGUUAGUAAUAUGGGUGGACCGCUGAUGUCGAGUGUGCUUAAUGGAGGUAGUGCCGGCUCGGGAAGCAACAGUUCAAGCACCUCGAGUAUGCUCGGUGGUGGGGGAGGAUCGAGCGGAGGUGGUAUGACCGGUGGGAGCAUGAGUGUAUCCGGUGGUAUGACAGUCCCGGGAGGAACACCGGGAUCGGGAACAUCCGGCAUGGGUGCCGGCGUAGGCAUGGUUGCAGGAGGCAAUUCCGGCAUGGGUCCAGCCACCUCGAUGAGCUCGAUUGUAUCCCCGCGAAGUAAUCCCAACUCAUCGUCGCUGUUGUGCGCUCCAUCCUCCGACAGUAGUAACUUCUUCAACACGGAUUUUGAGCUCGAAUUUCCACAUUCCACGUUCGACAUGGAGGCGGUUGGUGUUGGGUGGGACUCGCGACCUGACUCCCGUACCAGCGUUACUCCGGUCAGCACCCCUCGACCUCCGUCCGUUAGUGCGUACAGCCCAGCGGCCGCACCGAUGUGUGCGUCACCCAUGACGCCGUACUACUCAGGCAACACGAUGGGCGGAAUGCCUUCACCUUCGAACAACAAUGGAGCAGCGGGAGGCAGUAGUAGUGGCGGGGGAGGUGGCCUCAUCAAUCCCAGCUUAUCCUUGAACAAUAACAACAACAACAACAAUAGUAAUACCAAUAACAACAACACUGGAACACCGUUCGGUACGAAUGCGUUUCAGUUCCCGUUCGACGACAGUAAGGAUAAGCUGCAGGAUAUGCAGUCGCAACAACAGCAACACCAUCACCCCCAUAUGUCCCCAAUGCAGCAGCAACAUCCGUCUGGGAUGCCAUCGCAGCAAAUGGUGCAACGGCAGCAGCCGCAGCACCCACAGCAACAUCACCAGCAACAUCUGCAGCAGCAUCUUCAGCAACAACAAACGCAGCCACCAUCGAAUACGCACGAUUCCGAACGAUUACGGAAUCUGCUUACAACCAAACGACCUCACUCAAAUGCUUCAUCCUCAUCCGGUUUGGAUAUGGACCAUGACCAUCGGAAUCCGAAUCGAAUUCUAAAGGGUUUGCUAAAUUCCGAAGAAGAUAAGGAUAGUAAUGGCAAUAAAAUAAAUACCGCAUCUCUUUCACAACGUAUACCUCAGUCAGUUAGAACUCCAGCGCAGGGUAGUAAUAAUGGUGGUGGUGUUAGUGGGCUGGGAUUAACAAACCGCGCGGGAAAUGAGAUUAAUAAAGCCAGUAGCAAUAAUAUGCUAUUACAGCUGCUCAACGACAAAAGUGACGACGACGAAAGUGACGCCCGCAACCGACAAGGUCCGAGCGAACUUCUUAAGCAGCUACAAAAGGUUAAAGAUGAGCCAAAGGAGCAUAAUCCGCCGCCAUUGAACAACGAAGAACUCAUCCAGAUGUUACGGGUACAAAGUAAUGAUCGUAAACGGCCUUCAACCGAACCGGACGAAGGUGCCGCGGUCAAGCGAUCGGACAACAGGCCGUCGAAGUUGCGCGAGCGCAACAAGAUGCUUGCCUCAUUGCUGGCCAACCCGGCCAAAGCACCAAUGCCAAUGCAAACCGCAAUGCCGUUCAACCGCAUCAUCCCGGACAUACCAAAUUCGGGACUGGCUCGGCAACUCGCCAAUGUGUCGAGUUCGACUGCACCGAACCAGACGCUGAAUAAUAACAAUCUAACAACUAGCAACAAUAAUUUAAAACAAGUACAACAGCUGAACCAAAUGCGCCUCCAGCAGCAGCAGCAGCAGCAACAACAACAGCAGCAGCAGAUGCGCAAAUCAGCUAUGCCUUCUCAAUCGCAGCAACCUCCAACAUCCUCCGAUAUCUACCUCAACCAUCAGCAACAGCAGCACCAUCAUCAACACCCCCAGGCGCACCCACAACACCUGCAACAGCAGCAACAACAUCAUUCGCAACAUCCGCAACAGCAGCACCAUACGCAGCAGCAGGCAUCGAUGAUGCAGCAGCAGCAAAUGUUAGCCGCCCAGCGGCAGCAAAAUUUCUCACCCGCCAUCCAGGACUCCGGAAUUGGAUCGGCUGGGAGCGGUGCGUUUGCCACAUCGACGCCUGCUACAUCGACCCAGCUCGUGUCCGAGUGGGAUCCGGAGCUGAACGACAUACUUAAUCACGUGAUUGAGAUUGCACCGGAGGGCGACUUUGCCGAAAGUGAACUCAACAGUAUCUUAGGCAUAAGUCCGAUAGAAUCAUCCACAUCGUCAGUUGUACCGUCGUCACAGUCGAGCCAACCGGAUAUACAUGAAAAGUUAGCGAUUAAUGCAAUUCAAAAAUCGUUAAUGCAGUAUGAAAACGUUAGCUCGCCAUUGCAACCCCAACCACAGCCCCAGUUCAGUGGUAGUCCUCCUGCCUAUCCAAUGCUUGGAAUGGCUGGCGGAGGUAACAAUGCUGCUGUUUCAGGUGGUGGCAGCGGCCCGGGCAUGGGUCCCGCGGGACCUACCGGCACUGGGCCGGGUGUCGGUGCCGGUAGCGGAGGCCCUAGUAGCACGGGUAGCGGUGGUACGACGGGUGGUCCAGGCUUAAAUCCUGGCAGCAGUUUACAACAGCAAUCGUCACAAGCGGGGCCAAACCAAAACUUCACACCUCCUCCUGUGUACACGCAGCGAAUGCGGAUACCGCAGGGACAGCUUGGCAACAGCAGUCCCGUGUUAUCCCCGAAUAUGCUCGCCAUGCAGAAGAUGCAGCAUCAAACCCGGGACCGUAUUUUGCAGGAGCAGCAGCGAACCCGGUUACUGCAGCAACAGCAGAAACAGCAGAUGGUUGUUACGGUGAACCCGACAGCCAACUCAGAUCUUGGUCCUCCAAACGUUACACUGACUCGUGCAAAUAAUGUGCCGGAUUCACAGCUCAGUCCCGGAUUUUCACCGAGUCUGAUGCAACAACAGCUGAGUCCAAGUCAAAGGACGCAACUUAGUCCGCAACAAGCAGGAUUCCAAGGCAACCCGUUCAACAACAAUCCAGGCCAUCGUCUAUCUCCUCAGCUACAACAGAUGGUGUCCGGUUUUGGCAAUGCGGGUGGUAAUGUAAAUCAACAGCUAUCACCGCGUCAACCACCGUACGGUAGCGGAGUUGGAGGCCAAACGGUUAACCAGCCGAAUGUAGUCGUUCCUGGACAAUCACCGCAGCAACAGCAACAACAACAGCAGCAACAACAGCAACAACAACAGCAACAGCAGCAGCAGCAGUGGCAACAAAACGCGAACGCAAGGCUAUCAAUUCAGCAGCAAAAUCCGAUGUUGAAUGCUCAGCUUUCGUCCGUUGGUGGUUUUAACCCUGCGCAGAAUCGACAGUUCGUCGGCCCACCUCAAAGGCAGCGAAGUACGCUUAACAGUCCCGGAACGCCACGGCAGCAAAAUGCGUUCGGUGGCUCAAUGGUGGACGGUGGCGGGUUUCCAGGUCCACCGAGCCCCUCGCCUGUCGGCGUGUCCGCACCGAACUUUGCCAAUCCCGUCUAUGCCAAUCAGCAGAUGAGGCUCCAGCGGCAAGGCAGUGUGCCUCCGCAAUCAACUCAACACUUGCCAGCUGUUUUCGCAGGAUCGCCCCGUUCCGCGUACGGUGGACAUGGGCCUGGUCCGGAUGCCACCGGUUAUGGUAUGAUGUUCGGCAAUGCAGCAGCAAUGCAGCAGCACACGGCGAACUCACCAGGCGAUUUCUUCAAUCGCAGUCAAACUGGUCUCAACGGUGGUAUUAUCGGUGGUGGCAAUAGUAUUGGUGGCGGCAGCAUCGGAAACGGUGGCAAUGGGCUAGGACUUAGCAAUGGCACAAAUUCCGGUGGCCAAAGCCUAAACCAUUCGGAACUGGUACGGCAGGAGCUGCGGGCCAUUGUGAGUGGCCGAGCGCAACGUCCACCAUCGCACAGUCCAAUGGGCUUAUCGCCCCUUGGAGGAAUGGCACUGCAAAGCUGUAGCGAGGGUGGUAACGGUGUUGGUAGUAACGGUGGUCUGAGUGUUUCUACCGUGGGCAGUAGCAACGGAAGUUGCACCUCCAUCUCCAACACAUCCGCCGGAAUGCUGAGUGGUGGUAUCGGUGGUGGUAGUAAUGUGGGUGGAGGAAGUACACGAACAUCCUUGUCGGAUGCCGGAUCAUCCGGACCGAUGCUUCACAGCGGUAACACUUCGACCGGGCUAGAUCCAUCGUUGCUGUUCAAUUUUCAUCUCACCCAGAAAGAGUUUUUCGGAGGAAACACGAGCCGGUGA